CGACACAGUGGGCGUGCCGUACAUUCCGAACGACAAGGAAGCAGCGGCUCCGCUGGGCCGGCGCAGCGGUUUACAGUGGAGCCAACCGUUGGUGAGCAAGUCUGCUGCGGGCGCCGGUGUCCGAAGUGGCGCGGCGCCUUCUGCUUUGGCCGCUGCUGUGCUGCUGGUUCUGCUCGCUGAAGUUGAAGUCGGAUCGUCUACGGGCGCGGGCCUUGCCGAGUCGAGCGCAAUGGAGAGCGGCGGGAGCGGAGCCGGGUCCGGGUCCGCGCGCGGAGCCGGCCGAGAGAAGAAGAAGGGCAAGAGCGCUGACGAGUCUUCGGUAGCUGCGGUAGCAGGAGAGCCAGGUGGAGGUGGAGGAGGAGGCAGCGGCGGCGGCAAACCGCGGAAAUUCAAUUUGAAGCGUGUAAUGGCAGAUGAGCUUGAGAGAUUCACCAGUAUGAGGAUAAAGAAGGAGAAAGAAAAACCCAGUACAACAUAUAGGAAUUCAUCUGCUUCAUAUUCAGAUAUUUCUGGGUCAGGUCAGAUGUUGCAGACUAUCCCUGAUGAAGACGUGCUGGUACUCUUUGAGCAGAUGCUGGUGGAUAUGAAUCUAAAUGAGGAAAAGCAGCAACCUCUAAGGGAGAAGGACAUUAGUAUCAAGAGAGAAAUGGUGUCCCAGUACCUGCAUACUUCCAAAGCUGGCAUGAGUCAAAAGGAGAGCUCAAAAUCUCCUAUUAUGUACAUUCAGGAACUAAAGUCUGGUCUUAAAGAUGCACAACUCCUUGGAUGUUUGGAAUCUCUGCGUGUGUCACUCAAUAACAAUCCUGUCAGCUGGGUGCAAAAUUUUGGAGCUGAGGGACUGAAUUGCCUGCUGGACAUACUGAAAGGUCUUCAUGAUGAGAAGGAUGAGUUUUAUGGGUCAUAUGACUUCAGGAUCGAACAUGAGAUUAUUAGGUGCUUAAAAGCUUUCAUGAACAACAAAUUUGGAAUUAAGACAAUGCUUGAAACAGAUGAGGGGAUUCUACUUUUGGCAAAAGCAGUUGACCCUAAAGUCCCUACGAUGAUGAUUGAUGCUAUCAAGCUCCUCUCUGCUCUCUGCAUCCUGCCUCAGCCUGUGGAUAUGCAUGAGCAAGUUUUGGGAGCAUUGACAGAACGAGCAGAAAUGGAUGAAAUAGAACGAUUUAAACCCAUUGUGGAUGGCCUGAAAAGUGGCACUUCGGUGGCGUUAAAGGUAGCUUGUCUACAGUUGAUCAAUGCUCUAAUCAUUCCAUCAGAUGAGCUUGACUUCAGGGUGCACAUCCGCAGUGAAUUAAUGCGUUCUGGACUGCAACAAAUCCUCAAGGAACUGCAUGCUCAAGACAAUGAGGAGCUGAAACUGCAGCUGCAGGUAUUUGAAGAAUCUGGUGAAGAAGAUUCUGCAGAUCUCAGAGGCCGCUUGGAGGACAUUCGAAUAGAAAUGGAUGAUUUCAAUGAAAUCUUCCAGAUUCUCCUCAAUACAGUAAAGGAUUCUAAGGCAGAGCAACAUUUCCUCUCAAUUUUGCAGCACUUCCUGCUAAUCCGCAAUGACUAUGAGGCCAGGCCUCAAUAUUUUAAACUAAUUGAUGAAUGCAUUUCACAGAUAGUUCUGUACAGGAAUGGGGCUGACCCAGACUUCAAACGCAAACACCUUGACUUUAAUGUUGAGGCCUUAAUAGAUAAUUUGAUUGAUCAAACUAAGGUGGCAAAAAGUGAAGCUAAAACCCUGGAAUUGGAGAAGAAGCUGGAAUCUGAGCUGACUGCACGUCAUGAAUUACAAGUUGAAAUGAAGAAGAAAGAAAGUAAUUUUGAGGAAAGAAUUCAGAAUUUACUUCAGGAGAAAGAAACAAUGGCAGCUGAGAAACAGUGUAUUACCUCAGAGAAGCAAAACCUAGAAAUGAGUAGCUCUUUGUUGAGUGAUGAGAUUGUCCUACUGACCAAAGAACUUGAAGAUAUUAAGAAGAAAAUGGAACAAGUCAGUUCAUCUAUGGGAUUCCCACCACAGCAACCAUUACAUAGUGCGGCAGAAAGUCUCCAGACCCCUUCAUCCCUUUCUCCUCAAAGUGUUUCUCCCCCUCCCCCUCCCCCCCCUCCCCCUCUGCCUGGGAUGUUGGGGCCGCCCCCUCCCCCUCCCCUUCCAUUUGGGGUAUCAGGACCACCUCCUCCUCCCAGUCUAUCUGGUUUUGGAAUUAUGGCAGCCCCAGCUCUUCCAUUUGGAUUGCCUCCUAAGAAGCUUUACAAACCUGAAGUUCAGCUUAGGAGAACUAACUGGUCCAAGAUUACAGCGCAGGAGCUAUCUGAAGGCUGCUUCUGGGUGGAAGUUAAGGAGGAUCGUUAUGAGAACGAUGAUCUUUUUGCCAAGCUAACUCUUAGUUUCUCAACUGCACAGACCAAAUCAAAAAAACAACAAGAGAGUGGAGAGGAAAAGGGCCAGCCUAAGAAGAAAGUCAAGGAGCUGAGAGUGCUAGAUUCAAAGAAUGCUCAGAACCUUUCAAUUUUUUUGGGCUCCUUCCGCUUACCUUAUGAGGAAAUCAAGAAUGCCAUCUUGGAGGUGAAUGAAGCUGUGUUGAAUGAAUCCAUGGUACAGAAUCUGAUUAAGUUAAUGCCUGAACCAGACAAAUUGAAGAUGAUAGCAGGACUGGAAGAAGAAUAUAAUGAACUAGCUGAGCCUGAGCAAUUUGGAAUUGUGAUUAGUUCAGUUUCCCGUCUGCCAUCCCGACUCAAUGCUAUCCUCUUCAAGCUACAAUUUAAUGAACAGGUGGAAAACAUAAAGCCAGAGAUUGUUGCUGUCACAGCAGCCUGUGAGGAACUUCGCAAUAGUGAGAACUUUGGCAGUCUUCUCUCCAUGAUUCUCCUUGUGGGCAAUUAUAUGAAUUCUGGCUCCAUGAAUGCUGGUGCCUUUGGAUUCAACAUUAGUUACCUUUGCAAGCUUCGUGACACAAAAUCAGUUGAUCAGAAGUCUACCUUGCUUCACUUCUUGGCAGAAACAUGUGAAUUGCAAUAUCCUCAAAUCCUGAAUUUUCCAGAUGAUCUCAUCCAUGUGGAGAAAGCUUGUCAAGUUUCUGCUGAAAUUUUGCGGAAAAAUCUGGACCAGAUGAAUAAACAGAUUUCAGAUCUACAGCGUGAUGUUAACAAUUUCCCCAGUAGUACAGAAAAGAAGGAUAAAUUUGUGGAGAAAAUGACCAGCUUUGUUAAAGGAGCCCAAGAACAGUAUGAGAAGCUACGAAUGAUGCAUGCAAAUAUGGAAAGCCUUUAUAAGGAAUUAGGACAAUACUUCCUCUUUGACACCAAUAAGAUAUCCAUUGAGGAGUUCUUCACAAAUCUGCGCAAUUUCAAAAAUAUGUUUGUGCAAGCUGUGAAGGAAAACCAGAAAAGGCGUGAGAUGGAGGAGAAAAUGCGCAGAGCUAAACUAGCAAAAGAAAAAGCAGAGAAGGAACGUCAAGAGAAGCAAAAGAAGAGAGAACAACUGAUUGAUAUGAAUGCAGAAGGUGAUGAAACAGGAGUUAUGGACAGCCUACUAGAAGCCUUACAGUCAGGUGCAGCCUUCCGUAGAAAAAGAGGACCACGCCAAGGAAACAGAAAUGUAGGCUGUGCAGUCACAUCAUUACUAGCUUCAGAGUUGGUCAAGGAAGAUGCUCUUGUUUCAAAAAAACCACACAGAGAGCUGAAAAAGGAUGAGGAUGUAGAAGUCAUUGAAGAAACUCUUGAUGAAACUACUAAGGGGGCAAGCAGUCGUCAAAAUUAGAGCUGGUGACAGCCAGGACCAGUGCUUUUGGCAUGAAACCUGUUUUACAAAGGAGUUGAAACAACACUGAGUCACUUUGCAGUUUUUCCUUUCACACUUAUGUACAUGGGAUGAAGAAGCAAACAAUUUAAUCACUUCAGCCUGUCCUCUUCUAGGGCUGUUUUGCAAGAUCUUUGAAUCUGUGAUCAUAUUCUUUUAAUCUUGAAUUUGCCACCUGCCUUCUUUUUGUCUCAGAAUCAGAAAUGCAAAGCUUUUUGCUGACUUAGUAACAUGCUUGGAGCAAAGGUGGGAGUUUGUGCUGUAUUUAUCUACUUCCCUGCAGGCAGGAUGGGGAAUACAUUCCCAAGAAGAAAGAUGCGGCACAGAAGAGAGGCUAAAGGCCAGAACCUGAUCUGCCCACGUAUCUCACUGUAUUGAGGUUGCCAAAGCAGGAACGCAACAAACUGCCUUAAUUAUGACUUUUUAAAAUAACUCUUUGAUUGGGCAGAUUGGUCCAUACCCCAAGAGUUUUUUUUCUCAAAAGCCUCCUCUUCAUUAGUGCUAAUAGAAUGAGCUGAUGCCUUCAACUAUAGAAGGGAGAAUCAUUGGAUUUCUUAACUAGAUUUGUCUUUCUCCCGAGUAUUGUGCAUCUUCUUUUCUUAUUUGCUAUCUAAUGCUGGAGAAGAAAAUGACUCUGAGGUCAUUAUAUCACUGUGGUGACACUGUGCAAGCAUUGUGGAGAAUUUUCUCCUUGAAUUGAGAUCAUUUUGCUGCUCUGCUGCUAUUCCCCCUUUUAAUACAAACUCUUAUUAUUGAAGUGGUAAUAUCAAUGACCUAUCAAGAAAGAAAGUAUGGAUAGUUUGCUGCUGCUGCUGCAUCUAUCCCUGCAUGCUUUUGAACUAAGAUUAAUAAAGUGAUUUACUCAGCCUCAGAAAGGGAUGUUAAGCCCUCUUUAGUUUGAGUGAAAAUGCUCACUGCAACUCCAGAGGAAUGAAGCUGGGAUUGUGUUUCUUCACUGAAUACUGUUCAGGGAAGACUGACUAGCAGAAGUAUGCAUACAUUUUAUCUUUUGUGGCAAAGUCCUUUGUACUGUAUAAUAUAGCACAUGGUAUGGAAUAUGCCACUUAAGCUUCACAUAAAUUAAAGCUUGCUUGCUUGCUUUGGAGGCUGAUAUAUAAAUCGAUGUAUCUUAAUUGCUAUAUAGUGGCGGAAGAGGGCUGGAGCCCCCCGUCCCAUAAGGCUACUUUGCCAGUACAACUAUUUUUGUAUGAAAUUUGUUUUACAAGGAACUUCAGUGAAGAUAAAAGGAAAAUAACAUAUGGAUACUGCUAAAAUUGUUCAUGUGUUCUUUCAGGGAGUACGUCAGGUUAACCAAUCACUAUCUCCCAGUCGUCUUUCUCCCAUAACACAUCUGUGGCAGAAAGACAAAAAGACAAAUUUCAGCAUUGGGUGAUUGUCAGCAUUCAUGUUGGAAUUAAUAUGAUGGGUGUCGGAUAUGUGUUACGAACAUCUGAAAACUUGCAGGACAAAUCAUUGGAUGCUGGCAGCUGUUUAACGUGAUUAAUACCAUUCAUUAUAUCCAGAAAUUGAGGAAAUGUAUUUUCAUACAAUUCAUCUGGGAUUGCUAACAAUCACGUGAAUACUUUCUCUACUCAUCUUCACUUUCCCCCCAUAGAUAUAACGCAUAUUCUUAUAUUGUUAUCUUUUUUUGAUAAAUCUGGAAAGCUCAUUGAAUGAGAAUUUACUGUAUUUUUUUAAUAACUAUGUUUUUACGUUCCAUUUAAGACUAAUGGGAGUUUGCAUGGAAAGUUCAAUAUAGAGGAAAGUGAAGUGCCAUAUUGGUACUAAACAGCAUAACUAAAGGAUUCUGCAAGAAGAAAAAGCAAAUGUACACGUUCCUAUCUCUUCAUCAGGAAUUAUCACUAAAGUGUCAUCUCUUCUUCCUCUCAUCUUCCAAGAAUAUGUUGCUUACUUUAGAAUGGCCAUGGUCUUUUCCUUCACCCCAUGAAGCACAUAAACAUAUUUCCUUUUCACAGAUACCCAGCUCCUCAUUCAACACAGAGCUGCUAACUCUUUAAUGGUAUUGUCAAAUCACUUUUGGUUUGGAGAGUAAGGAUGGUGGUAAUAUCAGUUUUUUUCUUGGAGUUAAUAUGCCAUCUCAUGAAAGAAAAUGAAUGAUAAUAUUUAGGGAUAUGACUGGUGGAACAAUAUACUGCUACCGAACUCCCUUUGGCAAACACCAAAUUUGUACCCUAUUCCUCAAAUGCAGGCUUUAUGUGCUUCCCUAGAUAAUUGCUAGGGAAUUGCUAUUGUCACUCCCAUGAAAAGGGUAUGUGCUAUACUUGAGGAAUCCUUGCUCAGUAAAAUUAGACCACCACAUAAGACAGUUGGCAGAAAGUCAUCAGACAGCUUUUUCUUCCAUAGAAAUAAAUAACUUGGGGUUGGUUACUCAUGCACACAUAAUAGCUGCAUUUAAAAUCCAUGUGUGGGGGGGGAGUGUAGCACCACUGAUUGAAUCAGGCUACAGGCUGCUUCUAUACCCCACCCCAUUACUACAAGCUUGUUUUUCAUAUUUUGAAUAGUGCAUUGCUUCUGAGUUGAUUCCAAAGAGAUGCUUCAGAGCAUGUGAGAAUGCACAGAUAGCACCUGGCUGCUAGUCUUUAAAGCAGCUUUUCUUCUCCUGGGAUCGUUGGGAGUUAUUGCAUAAUCUGGGAAAAGAUGCUGUUAUAAAGAGUUGCAGAUAGGUGUUAAAGCCCAAGCAUGAUCAAAAACACUUUUUUUUAUAAAUCAGAUCUGAAGUUCGGCACAGCCUAAUGAUGUAGAACUUUUUGAACAUUGUGUGUGUGUGUGUGUGUACACACACACACACACUUUUUGGAUAAAAUUUGGAUUUGGGAAGAAUUAUUCUCAAAGCCGAGCACAAUGAAAUCCUACUUUCUAUCCAUCUGGAUAGAAAGUAAAUGGCUGUAUUUGGGGCUGCUGUUCAGCAGGAUUUAACUUUUAUCCUGGUACAGUACUGCUUUGUGCAGUCUUUGUUUUCUCCCAAAUAAUUGAAUGGCUGAACUUAUUCCUGUAAAACAAUAGGUGGCCUUACUUUGGGAUACUUGGCUGUGCUUUGUUUUACCAGGGAUUGCAAGUGGUAUAUCCUUUAGUCUCCAUAACUCUUGAGAGGCAAAAACCUUAUCCCUGCCACAGUACUGCGGAUUGGAAGGUGCGUAUUUUGCUUCCCACCAGAGCUUCCAUAUGCCAGUAUUCAUUUUUUUUCCCAUAGGAAAGUGUGUAACCUCCUCCAGAAAAAGAUAAAUUUCUAGAGAUGCUUCUGAUGUCGAUGUCACAGUGAUCUGGAAAGCCAGAAGGUUGGGUUCACACGGUGUAUUUCCAUGCUGCCUUUCAUUUUCUUCUUGAAGAGUAAAAAGAUGCAUUCACUCCUGGGGAAGAAAAUGCUUUGUAAUAUUGGGGAUCACGUUUUGAGCAAUCAAUGUUCCUUCAUGGCCUAAACAUCAACAUUUUAUCACAUUUGAGGCAACUUUGAUCUUCCUGCGUAUAACCUUAUUUUUCUGGCCUAAGUUUUAAUUGUUCAUUUUAUUUCAGAAGCAGGUACAUCAUAUUCAGUGGUCCCAGCCCCACCCCCUGCAAUCCUGCCCUCCUGUUGUACAAGUAUUUGACAAUGACAUGUCAGAUGUCUGAAUUGGCAUAGUGAGGGCCUUUCACCUGCAAUAAGAUUUCAACUAAAUGGGUGGGAUUUAAGCAGCUUGAUUGGUUGCACCAAAAGCUUUAUUGGUUGCCUGGUAGCUGUUCUGCUUCCUGGAGUUAAUCUUGUAAAUGCAGAAUCAUAUUGUGAGACCCACCAUUUAGUGAUUUGGGGUGGGGGGCAGGGGGAAUCCCUGUUAGUUGACCACUUUAUCACAUUUCCCCAUGGGCUUAAUUCCCCACCCUUUUCAAAGAGUUAAGGUUAUUAAGCUGUGCUUUCUAAUAGUACUCAGGGAAAAGCAAAGCAAUAAGAUAUUUUUCAGUAUGGAAAAGUAAUUUAAUUUGUUGCAGAUUGCCAAUCAGAAUGGGGAUUUGACAGAAUAUUUUCUGCUAUAGAUUGGAAAGUAGAUUUAAGCCCUUUAAAUAAUUUCAGUAAGGGUGGGGGAGUGUCAUAUAUCUGACUUCCAAAAGCUUAUGAUGUGCCAUUGGGAAGUUUGCAAAUUUUAUUUUUUUAUCUUAGUUUUAUUAUCUUUCAUAAGAGAAAAAUAUAUAAUUCUUAGUGUAUUGUUCUCUUGCCUCAAAGUGAAUUUGUGACACUGGAAUUUUAUGUUUAUUUUAAGUGGAUUUUUUUUGUUAUAUUUCAUAAGAGUAAAAAUUAUGAUAAUGGAGGUUGUGGGAAGAAUAGUCUUUCCUAGCUAUUUUGUUCAAAAUUGUUAAUAAAAAUAUUUGC